AAAGAGAUGGAUUUUCAUAUAAAAAUGCUACGUUGAGUAGUCAGUCGUACGCACAGAAGCUAUUCGUGUGUUUUGGACAAGAUUUUUCCCUGUAUGUUGGAAACACUCUUUCCUAAAGAAAUAUGUGGAAUGCAAAGAUUCUUUUAAGCCUGCUUCUUUUUGUUGUUUUAAUAACCAAGAAAACAGAAGCAAAUGCAGCGGCCUGCGAACAGAAAGAGAAGAAUCUCGCAGCUUUAGAUUUCGCCAAAGAGGCGAUCUCUAAAGCCAAAGAUCUUCAACCAACUUGUGUAAACGAUAGCAAAAAUGUUUCAUCAAAUGCCAGUGAAUGCGGUGUUAAGGAAAGAGUUGCGGGAUAUUUGGAUAUUGCGACAACUUUGAUAGAAGAGGCCAAAAAGAAUUACUCGGCUUGUGAUGAAAGCAGAAAUGUUACAAAAGUUAUACUUAUUCACCCGAAUCCCGUCGAUUGCUCGGAUGUUCUGAAAAGGGGCGGCAACGAAAGUGGCGUGUACACCAUCUGGCCCAAGCAUCGCAUUCUGGAGGGCAGACCAUUAGAAGUGUAUUGUGAUAUGGACGCUGAUGGGGGUGGAUGGACGGUGAUCCAAAGAAGAGGAAAUUUUGCAACCAAAAUGGAUUUUUACCGAAACUGGUUCGAUUACAAAUAUGGAUUUGGAAAUAUAUCGGAAGAAUUUUGGAUUGGCAAUGAGUACAUAUUUGCUUUGUCCAACCAAGAUAACUAUAUAGCCCGUUUUGAUAUGAAAACAGCUGACAAGAAAUACCACUACGCCACAUAUUCUACAUUCUGGAUUGAUGAUGAAAAUGCUGGUUACAUGUUGCACAUUGGAAGUUAUGAUGGCACAGCAGGAGAUGGAAUGAAAACUUCGAACGAAAUAAAAUUUUCGACGAAAGAUAAAAAAAAUGACAAAGCGACAAAUCCUUGCACAACUUUGGAAAAGGGUGGUUGGUGGUACAAUGAUUGCGGUCGCAGUAAUCCUAAUGGUUUGAAUGUCCCAGGAGGUAAAAAUGAUCGCAAAUACAUGCAUUGGGAACCUUUGACAGGAACUGAUGCAUUGUUAGAGAUAGAGAUUAAGAUAAGAGAGAAAACUGAAAUUUGAGUAGCAGUUUUUUUUCGUAUUUCUGUUGCAAAUGUCAGUGAUUCCCAAAGACAAAAAUAAAUGAAAUGAAAAAAAAUCAAAUAUAUAAUGUAAAAAAGAUGCUGUUAAUAUGGAAAUAAAGCAUCAAUUUUAAAAGUGGAUUGAAAAAAAUGCCUACUGUUCGUUUCAGUAUUCCGAGACGACUACUUUUCGACGAUUCUAUCUCAUUAAAGGGAGAGUCGUUGAAAGAUGAACACAUUUCUGGAAUUCUUCGUCAUUCUUUGACCUAGAUUUUCGCCCUAUUUUUAUUAUUUUUUUUGUUCUAUUUUUUUUCACGUGUGAAUAUCUUGUUGUUUCUGACGGUAUUAUUUUAAUUCAAUCUGCGAAAAAUCCGAAUUUAUUUUAUUUUUAAAUGUAAACAUCACCUCCUUUCAUCUUUCCUCUCCCCCCUAUUUUAAAGAAUUAAACCUAUCCUAACGCAUGCGCAAAAGCGCGGAGGGUUUUAGAAUCCGUUGUCAAACGUUACACAUUCAGAUCUGGGCUCAAUAAUUCAAUACUUUUUGAUAAAUUUAGGCUUACUAUUUGGAAUAUUUUUAUAAAAAUCUGCAUUUUUAUAACAGCCAGAAAGAAUUUUACUGUUUUAUUCUUCGAAAUUCAUUUCACCAGCAACAUUUUUUUAGAAAUCACAUAUUUAUAUAGUUGGGAACAGAAUUUCUUCUUAUUUGGUUAUAUUUCACUCAAAUAUAAACAAUGCAUUCGAAUUAUUUAAAAUUUAGAAAUUUAUUUCUAUAAUUCAAAUAAGGAUUUUGCGUUUAAUAAUGUAAUGGAAAUUCAAAUACCAAAAUUUGUGAAUCACUGGCAUGUGCUAUUUAUUAUAUUAGUUUUUGGAUUUUGGCAACAACCAGUUGUUUUGUCAAAUCUAUAAAAGCUAAAAUUUAUCUGUAAUUGUAAGAUUAAGAAAUAAAAAUGGCUUCUUUA